AUGCACACACCGCGUACUUCAAUUUACCUGCGAUUCGCAACGGCUAUCAGCUCCCUCGCUGCGUUGAUAGCUUUCGGGUAUUCCCAAUCAAUGUUUGAAGGCGACAUGGUGAUCGUGACAGACUUGACCCAUGCGUUGGUCAGUCCAGUCACCGGAGCGACCGAGUACACCUUCGUUUGGUCGCUGAUAAUAGCAUCUAUUGAAUUAUCUCUUCCCGUCCCGAUCCACCCAGCCAUCUAUCUUACUUUUGACCUUUUCGCUUGGGCCGCGCUGGUUAGCACUCUGAUAAUAUACCUGGUGUUCAUGGAGCCAUAUUUUACUGGAGGCGGAUAUAGCUGUGGUGUCAACGGUGGACCUGAUUGUGAUGGGAAGCUUGUGGCCAAUGUCGAGCAUUUCGGCACGGCCAUGGCUUUUAUUGCGCUUGUCAUCCAUUUUGGGUUUUUCGUGUGGGCGUGUCGUGCAACUCAUAAGAUGCGGAAAAGCGACUCGAAGGAUCAGGAUAUUGACCUCAGCCGUACUGUAUGA